UGGAGCCGGGCACAGGAAGAGCUGGGAGGCCCGAGCCGUCCCAGGGUGCCCUGCGCGGCGUGGACUCGGGCAGCUGCCGCCAUCCCGCUGGCGAGGGGGAGAGAGAGGCCCGCCCGCUUGCCGGUCGGGCCAGUGUGGGCCAGUGCGUGAGGGCGCUGGGGGCCGUGUCAGCGAGACGCAGAGCGCAGCCGCCACCACCAAACGGACAUGUUGGAGCCCAGGGCCGCCGCCGCCUCUUUUUCCUCAUUCUCCGAACGGGACUGAGACGGGGCCCGCCACCCCGCCGCCUCUGCCUCUGCCUCGGCCGCCCGCCCCGCCGCCUCGGCCGCAGCCUCUUCCUGCCCGGCCUGCAGCUCCGCAGCUCAUCGUCUCCUCCGGCCGCUCAGGCCCGGCCGGUUCCCCGGCCCCGCUCCGCCGCGGCGCGAGGUCUAUGUGACCGGCGGGCCCGGAGCAGCCGCCGCCGCAGCGCGAACAUGGACGCCGUCAACGCCUUCAACCAAGAGCUCUUUUCACUUAUGGAUAUGAAACCUCCCAUCUCUCGAGCCAAGAUGAUUCUCAUCACGAAAGCUGCUAUUAAAGCUAUUAAGCUUUAUAAGCAUGUAGUUCAAAUAGUAGAGAAGUUCAUCAAAAAGUGUAAACCAGAAUACAAGGUUCCGGGAUUAUAUGUAAUCGACUCAAUUGUGAGACAGUCUCGUCAUCAGUUUGGAACUGAUAAAGAUGUUUUUGGGCCAAGAUUCUCUAAAAACAUAACUGCCACAUUCCAAUAUUUGUAUCUUUGUCCAUCUGAAGAUAAGAGUAAAAUAGUUCGUGUGCUGAACCUUUGGCAAAAAUGGAGUAUUCAAAUUGAAAUUAUUCAACCGCUUUUGGACAUGGCAGCAGGAACCAGUAAUGCCGCCCCAGUAACAGAAAAUGUUACUAAUAAUGAAGGUUCACCUCCACCUCCUGUUAAAGUUUCUUCUGAACCCUCACAAGCCACUACAAACUCCAUACCAACUGUACCACAGUUGCCCAGCUCUGAUGCUUUUGCUGCUGUGGCCCAACUGUUUCAGACAACUCAAGGUCAACAGCUUCAGCAGAUCCUUCAGACUUUUCAACAGCCUCCAAAACCACAGUCUCCCGCCAUUGACAAUGCUGUGAUGGCUCAGGUUCAGGCUAUCACAGCUCAGUUAAAGACAGCUCCUACACAACCACCUGAACAAAAAGCUGCUUUCCCCCAACCUGAACAAAAAACUGCAUUUGACAAGAAGCUACUUGAUAGAUUUGAUUAUGACGAUGAGCGGAAGCUGUGGAAGAAAGCAAAGAAAGAAGAUGCUGCUGCUGCCGCCGCCGCCGCAGCCGCCACCACCACUGCUGCCACCACAGCACCUGCUGCUGCUGUUGCGCCCUCUGCACCUGCUGCUGCUGUACCUUCUGUUGCUGCGACCGCUGCUUUCUUCCCACAGGCACCCUUUGGAUUUCCUGGAGGCAUGCAGCAACCAGCAUAUACCCAGCACCAAAACAUGGAUCAGUUUCAACCUCGAAUGAUGGCAAUACAGCAGGAUCCAGUGCAACCAUCAGUUCCACUUCCUCCUAAUGGACAGAUGCCAGGAUUUGGCCUUCUUCCUACACCUCCAUUUCCUCCCAUGGCUCAGUCCGUGAUUCCUCCAACUCCACCCGUGCAGCAGCCUUUCCAAACUUCCUUUCAGGCACAAAGUGAACCACUUACACAAAAGGCACAUCAGGAAAUGGAAGUAGAACAACCUUGUAUUCAAGAGGUUAAGCGGCACAUGUCCGAUAACAGAAAGUCAAGAUCUAGAUCAGCAUCCAGGUCACCAAAAAGGAGACGAUCUCGAUCUGGUUCUAGAACUCGAAGGUCUCGUCAUCGACGUUCUCGAUCUCGGUCCAGAGAUAGACGCCGACAUUCUCCUAGAUCUCGAUCCCAAGAAAGAAGGGAUCGGGAAAAAGAAAGAGAGCGCCGACAAAAAGGCCUUCCUCAAAUCAAACCAGAAACUGCUAGUGUUUGUAGUACUACACUCUGGGUGGGACAGCUGGACAAAAGGACUACUCAGCAGGAUGUUGCCAGUCUCUUAGAAGAGUUUGGUCCAAUUGAAUCAAUUAAUAUGAUUCCUCCCAGAGGUUGUGCCUAUAUUGUUAUGGUUCAUAGGCAAGAUGCUUACCGUGCCCUGCAGAAACUGAGCCGAGGAAACUAUAAAGUGAACCAGAAAUCCAUAAAGAUUGCCUGGGCCUUAAACAAAGGAAUAAAGGCAGAUUAUAAGCAGUAUUGGGAUGUAGAACUUGGUGUUACUUAUAUUCCGUGGGACAAAGUCAAGCCUGAAGAACUGGAGAGUUUUUGUGAAGGAGGAAUGUUGGACAGUGAUACACUUAAUCCAGAUUGGAAGGGAAUUCCCAAAAGCAUGAAAAUGAAGUGCUCAAAAUGGAGGGGCAGAACCUCACACACAGAACCAGUAUCACCCAUACCUAAGCCUUUACCUGUGCCUGUCCCUCCUAUUCCUGUUCCUGCACCUAUAACAUUACCACCUCACAGAUUACAGGUCCCACCACAUUCAGCCGGACCUCCUGUGGUUGGUGCUCUCCAGCCACCCACCUUCACGCCUCCUUUGGGAAUUCCCCCUCCAGGCUUUGGUCCUGGUGUUCCUCCUCCUCCACCUCCUCCACCAUUUUUGCGCCCAGGAUUCAACCCAAUGCAUUUACCACCAGGUUUUCUUCCUCCUGGACCCCCACCUCCUAUAACUCCACCAGUAUCCAUUCCUCCUCCUCACACUCCACCAAUAAACAUCCCAAACUCUACUAUCGCUGGUAUAAAUGAAGACACUACAAAAGACUUAUCUAUUGGAAAUCCCAUUCCAACAGUGGUGUCUGGGGCUAGAGGAAACGCCGAGUCUGGUGACAGUGUGAAAAUGUAUGGUUCUGCUGUGCCACCUGCUGCACCCACGAAUCUGCCCACCCCUCCUGUAACCCAGCCUGUUUCACUUCUUGGUACUCAAGGAGUUGCACCUGGCCCUGUAAUUGGGCUCCAAGCCCCAUCCACUGGUCUUCUUGGUGCCCGACCCGGCCUGAUCCCACUCCAGCGCCCGCCAGGAAUGCCUCCACCUCACCUGCCACGCUUUCCUCUGAUGCCGCCUCGUCCCAUGCCUCCGCAUAUGAUGCAUAGAGGUCCGCCACCAGGCCCCGGGGGCUUUGGGAUGCCGCCGCCUCAUGGAAUGAAAGGUCCCUUUCCUCCCCAUGGCCCCUUUGUCCGGCCCGGUGGAGUGCCAGGGCUCGGGGGCCCAGGGCCAGGCCCAGGGGGUCCCGAGGACAGAGACGGAAGGCAGCCGCCGCCGCAGCAGCCGCCGCCGGCACCGCAGCCACAGCAACAGCCGCCGACGCAGCCAUCGCAGCCGCAGCCGCCGACGCAGCCACAGCCGUUUAGAAACGAUAACAGGCAGCAGUUCACUUCAGGUAGAGACCAAGAAAGGUUUGGAAGAAGAUCUUUUGGAAAUAGGGUGGAAAAUGACCGGGAACGGUAUGGGAACCGUAAUGAUGAUAGAGAGAAUAGUAAUCGUGAAAGGAGAGAGUGGGGAAGAAGGAGCCCUGACCGGGACAGGCACAGAGACUUGGAAGAGAGGAAUAGACGCUCUAGUGGGCAUCGGGACAGAGAGAGAGAUUCUAGAGAUAGAGAGUCUCGUAGAGAGAAGGAGGAAAACCGAGGCAAGGAGAAGCCUGAGGUGACAGACAGGGCAGGCGGUAACAAAACCGCUGAACCUCCCAUUAGUCAAGUGGGAAAUGUAGACACUGUUUCAGAACUUGAUAAGGGGGAGUGUGAGUCUGCAGUUGUAAAACCUUCCGAAGAGUUACCUGCCGAGGCUACCUCAUCCGUUGAACCUGAAAAGGAUUCUGGCUCAGCAGCCGAGGCUCCUCGUUAGAGACUGGAAUUUGUCCACAUGUGACAGUGACACUUCCUGGAGUGUAGAGCUUGAAGUGUACAGAUGCUGUAUUAUACUUGCUCCUGCUAUAUCACAGCCCCGCGGUAGUUGGUGGGGAAUUGUAAGCAAUUUGAUUGCUUCCCUUCUAUUUAAAAAUAGCCACAAAAUAACAAAAAAUACUGAAAAUAUGAAUAAAUAUUACCCUUUUUGCUGUAACUUUUUAAAAGUUUUGACUUUAAAAAGUUUACAAAUCGUAAUUAGAAGUGCUCUCUAUUUUUUUUUUUUUAAUUUAAGACAAGGUAACGGUGAAAGCUCCUCAAAAACAAUAGGGAUGUUUUUAAUAAACUCUAUUUUCGUAACAAACUUUAAUGUGUGCUAUUCUUCCUACACUGCAUUAAGGUGGAAAAGGAUUGUUCACCAUCAAAGUUUGAGCUGUUAAUACUGUGUUGGAGUCUAAAUUAGACUUGUAUAUUUGAUGGAAAUAGACAUCUUUAUGUAGUUAUUCUCAAACACUUCAUUUGUAAUAUUUUUUAUUUUUAGCAUUUCAAUCAUAAGGCAAAGGUUAAUGGUUUUAAUGUUAACUGAAAAGCUUGUUUUUGGAAUUCAGUCAAGGUCUUUUUUUGCCAUUGGCUUUGUGGUAAAUGUUGCCCUAAAUAAUUGUAAAAAAAUAUUUUCGCUGGGGGGAAAAACUGGACCCCAGCAUUACCCGUUGUACUAUAAAUUAUCUGAUUGCCUGGGUAUUACUUAUUUAGAAGGUUGGGUGUUUUUCUUAACCAUCCCAUUACAUUUUUCAAAAGGGUGAAAGAAAUAUCAAGGUUAGUAUUUGCAACCUAAAAGCUUUUUGUCUUAUCUGUUUAAGGACUUAAAUGCAACCUAUUGUUUCUACAAGCCUUGCCUGUUGCCUUUCUUUACCAUUUUUUAAAGUCCCCUGCUAGGCAGAGGUAAACUGAACUUUUUGCCACUUACAAAAAGUACUUUCUCUCUUUUCCUUAAAAUUGUUGGGUUAACUAGGAAAAAUAGUUGUAGGUUAUCCAAGAGCUAUUACAUGAAGACAUCCAAAGCCAAAUCAAACCUAUACCUAAAAUAGUACAGAAAAGCAGUUACAUAAAGCUGCUUAUCUAGUGCCAAGGAAAAGACCGUUAACAUAAUCCAAGUAUUUACGGCCUUGAAGCUUUUUUUCUUCUUAAAUCAUAUUUUUAAACUGUCCUAGUUUCAGUGUGCGGAACAGAUUUUUUUCUUUACCCUCAUCCCCAGGCGAAGCUGCUUUAUUACUUUGGUUUUGAGUUUUCUGCAGCAAGACCUUUGUUUUGAUGGGGGAAAAUGUAUUUAUCAUCUAGGGCAAUGUUCUUGAGUCCCUGCCUUUGGAAAGUAAGAGAAAAUCCAGUUUCAUAUAUGCAGACUUGAGUUAUAAAAUUUAUCCUCAGUUUUAUGUUGGCCCACUGAGAAGUUUAAAAGUCCCAGCUGAAACUGCUUUUGGAAAUAAAUAUACACCUGAUUGAUUAGUGUUCAGAUUUCAAGGACUCGCAGCCCUGUAUUCCCAAUUGAAAGUAUUAAGGUCACCCUAUUUGCACAUGACAAAACCCCAAAAGUACCAAGUGGUAGUAAUUACACUUGAGGCUUUAAAGGACACAAGCAAGUCCUGUAUUUGAGUCUUAUCCCAUUUAUGUAACAAAACUGUACAUUAUGAAAUCUGUUAGUGUUUGUUUUUAAAUCCCCUACCUGAUGGUAGUUGUAACCAUUAUUGUGAGCAUUCUGUUAUCACCAAUUUCAAACUUUGAAAACAAACACUACAAAUUCUUACUCUAAAUUAGCUUUUCCUCUCCUAAGUGAUCUUCACUUGAUAAAGUCCAUCAUGUGAGUUAUGACCAACCAAAACUGUUGCUUACCUGGCUUCUCUAUCAGAAGUAAUAUUCCAUAAUUUUCAAUUCAUAAACAACUAUAACCCACAGUCAAACCUGAGUUAGAUUAACAGUUCACUUAAAAGCAUUCUCUUACAGGUACAUAUUUCCAUUAAGAGAAAGACUUGAAUUCACUAACUGCGUGUGUCAGUUCUUGUAUUUAAACAAACAGUCAGAACCCACAAUCAAACAUUUCUUUGCUUCCACCUUACAGUGGCAUAAUGAUUUCUUUAAGGAGCUUAUCUGAAAGCAGAUUGUGCCAACCUCUACUUUUUUAUUAUAAACUAAAAGUUCACGGUUCUACAAAAAUGGAGUAUGCGCUAUUUGACAGGUAGGUAAGUCUUCUCAGCUACCUGAGGCUCUAACUAACUUGCCAUUCACAAUUUCACUGAAAGUUAUCAGAGGGCUCUCUUCAACCAUAACAUCUACUUUUUAAAAUAAAGGUACCACUUUAAUUUCCCUAAAGCUAACAAAGGAUAGCCUAUUUGUCUGAGAUUAAAGUUCAGCUUAGUCUUAGCUAAAUGUACCAGUUGCUAAAAUUUUAAACAUUUUGAUCUCAGUU